ACCCUAUUGAGUUUUUGUUUCUUCUUUCCCGUUUCUAAUUUCUUGCUUCGGUUUUAGGACAAACAAAAACAAUCCGAUUCCCAUUGUUCCGUUUUACUUCUCCUCCUCCGUUUCUUACAUCCCAAUCCCUUCUUCUUCUUCUUCUUCCCACCAAUUCACAUCUUCCCAUCGCAAACUCAAAUCGGGCUUCCUUUUGAAUUCCUCUCUCUCUCUCUCUCUCUCUCUUACCCAACGCACCGCCCUUCCAUAGCGAUGACCUAAUAAUUCUCUGUCUUCCUCUCUCUUCCAUCCUUUUUCUGGUACAAUUUUGAACCAAACCCAGAAAUUCAAAUCCUCCCUUUUCUGCUGCUGGGUUCGGGAGAACCCGUUUUUCCCUUCUCGCGUUUGGAAAUCAUACAAGCAUGAAGAGGGGGAAAUCGGACACCCGAUUGGACAAGUACACCGCCGUCACGCGGCAGCGGUCGUUUCACGUUCUCAUUGCCUUGGGGGUCCUCUAUUUCUUCCUCGUCACAGUGGAAAUCCCAAUCCUGUUCAACUCCGGGGCCAGCUCCUCCGUCUCCCCCGACGCACUCACUCGCCCUUCUAAGCUCCAGAGCGAGGAGGAUUUGCUGGACAAGGACGCCCCUUCCCGCCCUCGCGCCUUGGUGUCCCACACCGCCCAACCGGGCCCGACCCAGCUCCUCCCCGCACUCCCCAACAACAUCCUCUCCAGCUUGAAGUUCGAUCCGGAGACUUUUGAUCCGGCCAAAAAGGACAGGUCGGUGGAGCUCCACAGGAGUGCCAAGACUGCUUGGGAAGUUGGCAGGAAGAUGUGGGGCGAGAUUGAGAGGGAUGAGUUCGACUUCCUGGAGCUCAAGAAGCCCGAGAACCGUACCGAGUCCUGCCCCAACUCGGUUGCGCUGACUGCGGCCGAGUUUCUGAAACGCGGCCGGGUCGUGGAGCUUCCUUGUGGACUCACCAUUGGUUCUCACAUCACGGUGGUCGGGAAGCCCAGGGCAGCUCAUGCGGAGGCUGAGCCCAAGAUAUCUCUCAUUAAAGACGGUAGGUCGUCGGUUAUGGUGUCCCAAUUUAUGAUGGAGUUGCAGGGUUUGAAGAUCGUGGAUGGUGAGGAUCCGCCCAGGAUUCUUCACUUCAAUCCGAGGUUGAAGGGGGAUUGGAGUGGCAAGCCUGUGAUCGAGCAGAAUACUUGUUACAGGAUGCAGUGGGGGACGGGUGUACGAUGCGAAGGCUGGAAAUCCAAGGCUGAUGAGGAGACAGUUGAUGGUCAGGUGAAGUGUGAGAAGUGGAUCCGUGACGAUGACAGUCACUUGGAGGAAUCAAAGGCAGCUUGGUGGUUAAACCGGUUGAUUGGUCGAACAAAAAAAGUGACAUUUGAUUGGCCAUUCCCAUUUGUGGAGGAGAAGAUGUUUGUUUUGACUCUAACUGCUGGUUUGGAAGGUUAUCACCUCAAUGUUGAUGGGAGGCACGUGACCUCGUUCCCUUAUCGCACUGGAUUCACUCUUGAGGAUGCCACAGGACUAACUGUGUAUGGGGAUGUCGAUGUCCAUUCCAUAUUUGCCGCAUCAUUGCCUGCAGCACACCCUAGCUUUGCUCCUCAGAGGCAUCUUGAGAAGUCUAUUGUAUGGAGAGCACCGGCACUGCCUGAAGGGCCGGUUGAACUCUUCAUUGGCAUUCUUUCAGCAGGUAACCAUUUUGCUGAAAGGAUGGCUGUUAGGAAGUCUUGGAUGCGCCACAGACUCAUUAGAACUUCACAUGUGGUUGCUCGGUUCUUUGUAUCACUUCACGCACGAAAAGAAGUGAACUUGGAACUGAAGAAAGAAGCAGAAUUUUUUGGAGAUAUAGUGAUAGUGCCUUACAUGGAUAACUAUGACCUUGUAGUUCUAAAAACCGUUGCCAUCUGUGAAUAUGGGGUCCGCACCGUUGGGGCAAAGUAUAUAAUGAAGGGAGAUGAUGACACUUUCAUAAGGGUAGAGACAGUGCUUGAUGAAGCUAAAAAGGUUCCCGAGGGUCGAAGCUUGUAUAUUGGCAACAUAAAUUAUUUCCACAAGCCCCUCCGACAUGGGAAGUGGGCUGUCACUUACCUGGAGUGGCCAGAGGAAGAUUAUCCACCGUAUGCGAAUGGGCCUGGUUACAUCUUGUCUGCGGACAUAGCCAAAUUCAUUGUCGCCGAGUUUGAGAAACAUGAACUAAGACUGUUCAAGAUGGAAGAUGUGAGCGUGGGAAUGUGGGUUCAGAAGUUUAACAGAACGAAAACAGUGGAAUUAGUGCACAGCUUGAAGUUCUGCCAGUUUGGAUGCUUCGACGGCUAUUACACAUCGCACUACCAGUCUCCACGGCAGAUGAUCUGCCUUUGGGAAAAGCUGGAGAAAUUUGGUUUGCCUCAAUGCUGCAACAUGAGAUGACAACUACUAAUCAGUUUAAUGUAUACUGCGCCCUGUAUUUCAUUGCGAGGUACGAACCACCCCCAAUAUGACCUCAUCGUUCCUCCCAUCAUCGGCAUCACAAUGACAGAGAAAUGCCGAGACAGUGUAGUAAUGUGAAGAGUAGACAUUUCAGAGAUCCGCAGGACAAAUGUGGGAGGUGGGGAAAAGAGGUAGAAGAAGCGAAAAUGAGAGUUCUUUUUAAACUGCUUAAUUGUAGGAAAAAAUUCUUGUAUAUAUGCUUGCGAGGUCAAGGAAAACAAGAAAAUUUUAUAAGAGAACUCUGUUUUUCAGCUUCAAGAAAAAUCGUUCUUUUUAAAUUUGAACGUUCUGGUCUCAGGAUUCAAUUCACGUUACAGGAACUAAUCUUAGUGAAGCAAAUAAUU